UCACAUGACAUCCAGGCACCGAACAUUCAAACCGAGCAAAUCCACACCGCUGUAGUAAUCACCGCCUUCCCAACAUAGAUUCCUCUACACGUGAUCCUGACAUCCCGAUCCUCCGAAGUCGAACGCUUCCAAACUCACCCGAACCGUUUUCACCCCUUCAAUCGAACCAUACCUCCCACAUUCUCUUCAAAAUGACUGCUGCCUGGAAAGCCGCCGGUUUGACCUACAACCGCUACCUGGCCAUCGCCGCCCGCACGGUGCGCCGUUCCUUGAAGGAUGGCCCUCGCCUCGCCGCUGAGCGCCGCGGCCAGAUGGACCUCCGUUUUGCCAAGUGGGAGAACGGCAAGCAGGGUGAGGUCAAGUCCCUUGCCCAGGCCAACAACGAGGCCCUCGCCAAGGCUGCUGAGAAAUAA